GAUAUAUGAAAACCUAGCCACACUGGAACAAUCAUACACAAUGAGUCAUUCCAUCCUUUUUCACAUAAAGUAGCAGCUUUAAAUAGUUAUGUAAAUAGAGCACUACAGAUUCCUCAAACAACUGAAAGCAGGGAUAGAGAGUUGAAUAUUAUCAAACAAAUUGCCCAAACUCAUAAUUUUUCUCCCAAUUUAGUAGACAAAAUAAAAAAUAAAUUUCUAUUACGUAAUGCGUUCCAAAAUGUCUACAUACCACAUCAAACAAUAUUAAGUAAUCAGCCAGUAAAUAAGUUCAUUUCACUUACAUACAAUGGAGCAGUUUUUUAUAAAAUCCAACGAGUUCUAACUUCUUUAAAUGUUAAGGUUGCCUUUAAAUCGAGCAAUUUAUUAGGUAACUUAUUGAUUAAUAAUAAAGACAAAACGGAUCCGUUAUCUUGUAAAGGAAUUUAUAAGCUAUAUUGUGAGUGUGGUUAUUUUUAUGUAGGUAGAACGAAGCGUAGUUUUAAAGCUCGGUUUAGCGAACAUGACCGAUGCAUUAGACAAAACAAUCCUGAGUCAUUAUUUGCUAAGCAUAUUAUGGAGACCGGUCACCCAUCGAAUCUACUAGAUAAUUACAAGAUCUUACAUAGAGUUCAGGACAACAUAAAUCUAAAUAAUCUUGAAUUACUCGAGAUUAAAAGAUCUCUCAAAAAAGAAUAUGAUAAAUCUCUUAAUAUUCAGAUUAACAUUCCUGAAACUAAUUUAAUUAAUAUUUUAUUUGAAUAACUCUUCCCUCCCUUUCCGGUUAAUUUAUUUUAAUAAAAACCCCGUUGUUUUCUUAAUAUAAACUGGUAGAGACAUCUGUUUAACAGUUUUAAAAUAUUUUAAAGUUACUGUGGGUACCGCUAUCUAGUACCCAUUCGGUUAUAGGAUAUAAAAUAUAGAUUUCUUUGUAACGUUCUUUCUUAAUUAUGAAAACUAGAUAUAGAUGACUCUGUUGGUCAGAUUAGUUUGAAUGGCGGUUAUCAUAGUUUUUAGAUCGUUUUGUCUAUUGUGUUGUAACGGUGCUUUUUAGAUGUUAUUGUUUUAAACCUAAGUGUAUUAUUUGUUAUCUUACGAUAAGAUUUACUUGCUUAAUUUUAGCUGUACCGUUCUAUAUGUGCUUUUGUUUUGUUUUGACAAAUCUCGUUUUUAACAAUUCCUCGACCUGAUGAUGCGAUGAUAUUGUAAUCGCGAAACCGGUCGUCAUAAUAAAAGGAAUUUCUGGUGAAAUAAGACCUUUAAUUUCUACUGUGUUUGCUAGCAAAUACCUAUAAAAAUACAUCCCAGAACAUGGACACCAUUCUCCAAACUAUAAUAUUAAUACUUUUAAUUACUCUAUGGAUCAAAAUAAACAAUGUAUCCAAGGCGUAGGAUACCUACCCCGACCUUAUAGACUUGCCUCGAAUAAAUUGCUUACCGCUAUCUCUCCCAAAAUACGGUACCAUGGCCUCAUCAAGGCUGUGAUUCUCUUCAACUGGGGCAUAAUCAAAAAAUUUUUUAUUUAGGCUCUUGAAAAGAGGACGCAGUUUAGAGUACUUGUCUUUUUUAUCAAGGGAAGUAUUAUCACUGCAAUGAAUAUUACUCAUUAUGAAUUGAAAUCUAUCUCUGGAAAUAGCGGCUACUAUAAGUUUAUUCUGGGUAUCGUUGCAAUUUUGCCAAUACAUAUGUCGCCUUGGAACAGUUGUAUAUCCACUGACAAGUAACACCCCUAUGAAGCAGUACAUCUCGUCUGCAGUAACGUUACCGGGGCGGUUUUUUUGCUGUGGAUAAAUAUUGGUAAAAUUGACAAUUUCUCCUACCAAGUUCUCAUCAAAGAACAGCUUGAAAAUAUGUCCAGGGGAACGAUUGCUUUGUGCAGUUUGAACUGAUUGCCAUUGCAUAAACAUAGACUCUAAAUCUUUAUUGAGAGUAUAGUCAAACGUGUUUAGGUCGCCUUUCAACAAAAGUGGACAGUGGUAGAUCGUCAUCACUGUCCCAGUCGUCUUCACCUUCUACGUCAAAUUCAAUUUCCGCCGGGGCUCUUAGUUGCACUCCUUUAUCGAGAUCUUUAUCGAUAUCGCAGUUUUCGUUGGUAUUUUCGGGUGGAAAAAUUGUAAUGCCUGUAGGAAUGUCCGACGUAGAGUCAUUCUCCAAUUCCUAAGAUUUCUGCCAUGGUUAGUGGCUUUUUCCAAUACCUGUAAAAAACCACAUAGUAAAGGGUGAUUCAAAUUGAGUUUCCACAUUACAAUUUUUUUUUUUUGAAACGCUCCUGAAUUUGUCAACGGCAACGUGACAUUUCUAACGUCAAAAUAUAAACAAAACAGUCAUGGAGCAAUAUACGACCGAACAACGUGUUAAAAUUAUCCAAGCCUAUUAUGAAAACGGCCGAUCAAGGAAAAAUACAUUUCGUGGUUUACGUGAAUUUUUUGGCGCACAAAAUCGGCCUUGUGAGAAGACAAUUUGGAAUUUGGUACAAAAAUUCGAGCAAACUGGAUCCGUCGCUAACAUCAAAACUCCUAGGCAUGCUCGUAGAGGUCGGUCGGAACACAAUAUUGCUAUUGUUGCCGAAAGUGUGAACGAAAAUCCAAGAACAUCGAUUCGUCAUCGAUCGCAGCAACUGGACCUUACAUAUUCCACUACACAGCGGAUUUUAACAAAAGAUUUGCAGUUACACCCAUACAGAGUCCAAAUAACGCAGGAAUUGAAGCCUAGGGACCAUCAACAGCGCCGUGUAUUUGCCGAAUGGAUAAGAGAACAAGGGGCAAAUUUUCCAAUGAAAAUAAUCUUUAGCGAUGAGGCACAUUUUCAUCUUGGGGGCUUCGUAAAUACUCACAAUUGCCGUAUUUGGGGAUUAGAAAAUCCAAGACAGAUUGUUGAAGUGAAAAUGCAUCCUCAAAAGGUGACUGUUUGGUGUGCCUUUUGGUCCGGAGGCGUAAUUGGUCCAUUUUUCUUCGAGGAUCAUGCGGAGAACGCUGUUACGGUUAAUGGCGUUCGCUAUCGGAACAUCAUAACAGAAUUUUCCUGGGAACAGUUGGAAGAUAUGGACAUCGAAGAUCUCUGGUUUUAACAGGACGGUGCCACCUGUCACACAUCAGGAGAAACGAUCCAAGUACUGCGCGGCAAAUUUCCAGGUCGCGUUAUUUCACGUAACGGUGAUAUCAAUUGGCCGCCGCGAUCCUGUGAUUUAACUCCCUUAGAUUAUUUUCUAUGGGGGUAUCUUAAGAGCAAAGUCUACAAGAAUAACCCGAACACCAUUGCGGAGCUGAAACAAGAGAUUAGACGCGAAAUUACCAACAUAGGUCCUGAUUUGUGCCACAGAGUAGUCGAAAAUUUCUCCAAACGGAUUACGUCAUGCCACAUGAGCCGCGGCGGUCAUUUACAUGAUGUCAUCUUUCAUACAUAAUUGUAAUUAACUACCUUCAAGGGGAAAAUAAAUAUUUUUCUAUAAUUUUCAA